AUGAGCUCAGAUGGCUUCUUUGAUGACGACGAUAUCGACGAUGCAUUUUUGGAGGAGCUUAAUGCUAUUGAAGCUGCCCACUUUUCCCCUUCCAAAGCGGCUCGACCUGUUCCGCCACCUACUGUUGACAAGGACGACUCAUUCGAGCUUACCUUUGAUUUCAACGAAGAGGACUUCAAGAAGGUCGACCAAGCUGUCUUGAGGAGCUACCGAGGGCAAUCCUCCGGUAUGUCAUCUACCACCACGAAGUCCUCAACCUCGGGUCAUCUGCAAACGACGCUCUUCGGAGAAGUCCUGUCGUCAAGUGCCUUAACUUCCAAGCCCAAGUCUGCCACGCAAAGAGUUCAAUCUACUUCUAGGAACCCCUUUGGUCAGCAGGCACCCAAGACCAAGUACUGGGACCACACCGAGUUUGCCAAGUCCGGGCUCAAGUCGAGCAAGAACAAGGAUAAGGGGAAGGGGAAAGCAUCGUUUGAUUUUCCAGAAGAUGAGGGUUUUGACGAGAGUCCUGAAUUCGAACAAUUUCCGGCUCCGUCUCCUCCUUCAAUGAAGCUAUCAGCUGACUUGCUUGAAGCCAAGCACUGGAUUUAUCCUUUGAAUCGACCGAAACGAGAUUACCAGUUUAAUAUCGUUAAACAUUGUCUGUUCGAUAACACUAUCGUAGCGCUUCCGACAGGUCUCGGAAAGACGUUCGUCGCAGGCGUUGUAAUGCUUAAUUUUUAUCGCUGGUUCCCAGAGGGGAAAGUCGUCUUCGUGGCACCAACAAAGCCUCUUGUCGCGCAGCAGAUAGAUGCUUGUCACAGGACAUGUGGAAUCCCCGGAAGUGAUGCCAUCGAGCUUACCGGAGAAAACCCUAAACCUAUGAGGCAUCGAGCGUGGAAAGAAAAAAGAGUUUUUUACAUGACUCCUCAGACGCUCGUCAACGACUUGACGUCGGAGACAUGCGACGCGCGUGAUAUUAUUCUAGUUGUAGUCGACGAGGCCCAUAGAGCAGCUGGCAAUUACGCUUACAAUCAGGUCGUACGUUUCUUGAUGGCAAAAAAUCCUCACUUUCGGCUCCUUGCAUUGACUGCGACUCCGGGGGGAAAUCCUGAGGCUGUCCAGUCCUUAAUUGACGGUCUUCAUAUUAGCCGUAUUGAGAUUCGCGACGAAAAUAGUUUGGAUUUGAAGGCAUAUAUUCAUGAAAAGAGGGUAGAACAGCAUAUUGUUCCCAUGAGCGAGGAUAUUGUUAAGAUCCGAACUCUCCUGGCUCACUUAAUGGAGAUAUAUUUCAAACCUCUGGUAUCGAGAGGCUUGAUCCACGGAGGAAACGUCAUGAAUAUGCAUCCGUACAUUUUUCAAGUUCGUAUGAAGGAGGUUCGGGAAGGUCAAGGAUGGGCAGCAUAUAGAAGUCUAUCGAUACUUAUGACUUUGGCACGCAUUAUGGGUUAUCUGGUUGAGGGAACGACAGCAAUGUGCUACAACGCUUUGAUGGAGCUCGCAUCAGGAGGCGGCGAUGUUGGUGCGAAGAAGUCAAAGGCAGCCUCUAAGGCGAAGCAACUAGACGAUGAACCAGCCUUUCAUUCCCUCAUGCGAGAGUUGAAAGCCCAAAAGACUCGUGGGUUUACGAUGCAUCCUAAGAUGGAGCUCUUGAAAGGAAUCAUUGUUCAACAUUUUGGAGAGAAACUUCCAGAAAACUCUGAAGAUGAACUUCCCGAGAGGACCAAAGUCAUGGUAUUCGCUACUAAUCGUGAUUCUGUGGACGAGAUUGUAGAAGUUCUCAAUGCGGAAAAACCUCUCAUACGUGCGAGCAGGUUCAUUGGACAGGGCACUGAUAAGCAAGGAAGAAAGGGAUUCUCACAGCGUGAACAAUUGGAGGUCAUCAAAAGAUUCAAAGACGAUGAGUUCAACGUCCUUGUUGCCACAUCUAUUGGAGAAGAAGGCUUAGACAUCGGUGAAGUCGAUCUCAUUGUCUGUUAUGACGCUCAGAAGACUCCCAUUCGCAUGUUACAACGACUGGGCAGGACUGGGCGCAAACGUGCCGGCGUGGUCCAUGUAUUACUUUCUGAAGGGAGAGAGGAGUUCAACUUAGAUAAAGCCAAGGACACAUACAAGAAUGUCCAAAAAACUAUCUGGCAAGGUGACCAGCUUCAACUGUACGCUGACGUCGAACGAUUGCUCCCAGAUCAUAUCACCCCCCAAUGUCUAGAAAAGACGAUGGAGAUCCAAGAAUACAUUCGAGUGGAUGGGCGAAAGAAAUCACUGUGUGAAGGACCCCAGAGAGGUACUAAGCGCAAACGUGAUGACAACAUUCAACGGAAUAUACCUCCAGGAGCCAGCACAGGGUUUGUUCCGGUCCGAGACCUCGUCGUCAAAGGUGCCCAAAAGAAAAAGAAGAGAGUGGAACCUUUCCGGGAUUUGGAGACUGCUGGACAAGACGACGACACAGAUCGUGAGCUUGAACUGGGGAUGUUAGCUCUCAAGCGUUCUAAAUCGACGGCUGAAGCAUUCGUUUCGAGAUCCACCAAGGGAAAGGGAAAGCUACGGAAAGCCAAAACCAUGGAAGAUGGACCGAAACGAAAAAAGCGAAAGCAGGUGGCAGAGCCAACAUCGAGUCAGGGCAUGGAUGAUUCGGAUGACAUGGAUAUCGAAGAGGGUUUGUAUCCGUCUUCGAAACCAAUAUCUCCUCCUCCUUUGCCAUAUCCAGAGACCACUGCUGGCAGUGUCGUCGAUCUGACCGACUCUGACUCUGACGAUCCCAGAUCUGAUGUAGCCCACGUUCAUAGAUUGCAUUCUCCGAAAUCGGCAUCCUCAAACCGGGAUAUGAGUUGGUUGGUGGAUAACGACGACGACGUAGCCUUUGAUAUCAUCAGCUCUUCUCCUCCCGUUCAGAGCACUCCGAAAAUUAUACACCAGGGGUUUUCUGGUGACGACGACUCGGUGGAAAUUGUUGAUUCGGAUGCUGCAUCGUCUGAUCUGGCAUAUAGUCACAAGCUUGCCAUUGACGCAGAUGAAUCUGCUCAGAUCAUUGAGAUGAAGUCGCGGACCAGGAACCUCCAACACAAGCGAACGAAGUUUAUCGCCACUGGGAAGGAAUCCAUUCAAAUCCUCAACAGCUCCACCCGUUCCCCGAAAUUUGUGGUCGGACCAUCGAGUAACCCAUCGAGUAACCCCGUCUCAUCGCUCCUGGCGACGAAAGGCCAUGGGACAAUCAUGUCGCCGCCCCCCGUUUCUAGUCAGAUCCUCGCCUCUUCGUUUGGUGCCAAUUCUCCCCAGUCAUCUUUCCCCGUACGCCCUAGCAUCCAAAAAGGCAAAAAUAGAGCACGAACUGACUCUCCUGAAAUGGAGCUGGCGCCGCUGUCCCAGCGAAGACUUCAUAAACGCGACAAAUCAGUGAACAAACGGAAAUCUGAGAAGUCACGUCCACUACUUGAGGGUGUAUGGGAUAUGGAUGCUGUACAUUCUGGCGACGAAGUGAGUGAAGGCUCAUCGCAUAGUGAAGACGACGUGGAAAGCGAAUUCGAUCGCCGUUUUCUUGAGGAAUUGCCUGAAACCCAGUUCUCGCAGUCGUAUGACCAAAAUUUGGCGUAUCGACAGAGUUUGUUGUCGCAGGGACCUGUCGGAGGAGGGGGACCGGUAUUUGCUCAUCGUCCUGUGAGACGAGGGCGGUUUGGGGGCAGAAGUAUCGACAUGGCUGAGAGACGAGCUAUGUUAUCAAGCUCUCCCUCCAGGGAAGAGGAACCGGAUGAGUAUGAGAUAGGAAGCUUCGUAGUCGACGACGAUGCCGAGAUAGUGUACGAUUGA